AUGCUUAUCAAACAGUACGGCUGCAGCGACGAGUCGACGAUUCGACAAGCUCAAUCUCGCCUUCGACGCCAGAGCUUUCGGUAUGAAACGCACGAACGACAUGAUGAUCAAGGCGAUCUAUUGAGCCUGAAGAAGGACGAUCUGCAAUGCAUCAAAGAUAAGCUUGUGGCCCGGUGGGGAGAGGAGGAGCUCCAGGCGCAGGCUGACCUUCAACGAGAGGCGCAUAGCAAGGCGGCACGUGAAGAGAGGGAGGACGAGCGUGAGGAGGCGUACCGGUUGUUCAUGAGUAUCACGACUAAGAGGGGCAACCUAACAAAUCAACAUCGCAUCGCCCAAGAGGCUCUACAACGCGGCGACAUCACCACACUCUCUUUCACCGUCCCCAGUGGCUCGCGAUUACAGGCGGAAGUGGUUCAGCUGGAGGAGGGCAUGGCAGAAGCUGCGAAGAAUUUGGUCGAAGAAAGCUCUGUGGAUACUGUGUAUCGCCUCUGCAUGCUCCACGAAGCCCACCGCCAGCUGCGUGAAGCGGUUCGAUCCCACAAGUUCAUGCUGGAACCCAUCCGUAAUGUGCGCAUGGGUAUGAUUGCACCUCUCGGAUAUCGCGCCACCAAGGAUUUACUCCGUAAAAUCCGACAGGGCAAGCUUGCGCAGGCUAUGAACAAGUACAACGCCGCCCUCAACGCCUACUGUGAAACGGACCAUCCCGACCACCCACCCUCUCGAGCCGAGAGUGUCAAGGAGCUGUUGGAUAUGCCCUUUGACGCCGACUUCUGGAAGGACACCAGUGUCCUCUUCGAGAACAACAGGGCUCCUUGGGACUGGGACCCUGCUUGCAGACGAGGCAUCAAAGCCCUUCAUCUUCGCAAUCGAUCUCGGGAGGAGCUCGUCGCAUUCGUGCUGAAAUUGCGCAAAUGGUCAGGUGGUCUGCAACCCACUAUCAGAUGCUUGUCGCCAAGAAGGAGGAGUGGGCGUAGAGAUCGAAGCAAUGGAAUCGUCACCUAA